AUGAAUUUUCAAGAUCCAAACCCUUCCAUAUCGCGCACCAUCGUUCCAAUUCCCAACGAGUUACAAAAUUACGACAGCAACACUCUGAAGGAAAAAGCUUUAAAAUCUAAGCAGAAGCUUAGAGGGCAGAACAAGGAGCUUGUUCACACUGCGAUGGAUGCGGAUCACCGUUUGCUGGAAGAAGAGAAUAUUUGUAAGAACAAAAAGAAUUUGAAAGCUUCUUCUAUGAUAAACCAGACAGAAGAAGUGAAUAAUAGUAGGGUCCAAAAUGACUUGAUUGCUGCUACUCUGAUGAAAGAUCAUGGUAUGUAUUUGUAUCAUGAUGUGAAAAUUAUUGGUACAGUUCCUGGUGUUUGUAUUGGUGAUAUUUUUCGCUAUAGAAGCGAAAUGUGUGUGAUUGGCUUAAAUGGUCAACCACAAGCUGGGAUUGAUUAUUUACAUGCUAGUAUGAGUUCUAAUGGCCAAGCCAUUGCUACUAGUGUGGUUGUGUCUGAUGGAUAUAAUGAUGAUGAUCAAGGAGACUCUAUUAUGUACUUUGGACAUGGUGAUAUGAAGCAGGAUCAGAAGUUGGGACGAGGCAACCUUGCUAUGGUAACAAGUAUACAAUAUGAGAUUGAUGUCAGGGUUAUUCGAGGUUUUCGAUAUGAAGGUGGUACUUCUACUACUAGUAGUAAGGUUGGUGUUUAUCAGUUUAUGUUAUCAAGGGUUCAAGGUCAACCUAAGAUGGGUAGUAUGAUCCUUAAGGAAGCCAGUAUGCUUAUGAGAGGCCAUUUAUGUGAUAAUCAUAUGUAUGUCCUUUCUGAUGAUAUUUCCAAUGGGAAGGAGAAUAUCGGUGUGAGGUUAUAUUAUGAGAUUGAUAGUGAUCUCUAUCCUAUGCAAUUUGAGUAUCUCCCAAAGGCGGCAUUUCCAAUGUUGUUGCUUCCUCAAAGUAUGACGACGAGGAAAAAGAUGAGGGUGAUAGAGUGUUCUGAAUGCGUUGAUGGAUGUGUUUCUUCAAUCAUGAAUAGCAACACUACCCCUUAUAGUAAAAGUGGGAUUCUUUGGAAAGGGAGGUCGUUGAUUUAUGAAUGCGGCCCUUUUUGUAGCUGUCCUUCGCAUUGCAGAAACCGUGUGACACAAAAAGGUAUUAAAUACAGGUUGGAAGUGUUUAGAUCUAAUGAAACUAGUUGGGGAGUUAGGUCUUUGGACCCUAUUCUAGCUGGAACUUUUAUAUGUGAGUUCACCGGACUUGUUUUGACUAGGGAGCAAGCGGAAAUUUUGACCAUGGAUGGUGAACAUAACUCUUUUAUUAUAUAUCCAAAUCGAUUUUUGAAUAGGUCUACUCAAGAAUGGGGAGAUUUGUCGAUGAUUGAUGCUAAUCAUGUGCAUCCCGCAUAUCCUACUUUAGAUUUUGCAUUGGAUGUAUCAAUGAUGAGGAAUGUUGCCAGCUAUAUUAGUCAUAGCCCAACUCCAAAUGUGUUUGUUCAAUUAGUUCUCUUUCAUCAUGGUAAUUGGAUGUUUCCGCAUCUUAUGGUAUUUGCAAUGGAAAACAUCCCUCAAAUGAGAGAGCUUAGUCUUGAUCAUGGGGUAGAAGCUAGGUAG